CCAUUUCCCCACUCUGUUUGACCCCUAGUCAUAACACUGAUAAACUUCCUUUUCUUGCUCUUUCCGGCAACACCUCCGCCCCAUCCCCCCACCCCGUAGUCAUUCUUAUCUCUUUUUUCUGGCACUCUCAUUGAAGAGUUCUUAACUUUCUGCCCAUCAAAAUAUAUUAAAAUUAAUAAACUUAUAUGAUACUUGGUUCUUCAUCCACUGCCACUCUUUUUUCAAGAUUCUUAUUUUCAUGCUCUAACGUUCUAAAGAGCUAGCUUUUUACACUUUCUUUUGUUCUUCUUUGUGGGAUAUGGCGGAAACAGCGGAAGGUAAAGCAGUGCCAGAUGUAGAUAAGAAGAAAGAACUGAGUCUAUCAUUUUAUCAGCUUUUUUCUUUUGCUGAUAAAUAUGAUAUUGUUCUUAUGACUUGUGGAACCCUUGGGGCCAUAAUUCAUGGAUCCUCCAUGCCCGUAUUCUUCCUUCUGUUCGGUGAAAUGGUUAACGGGUUUGGUAAAAACCAAAUGGAUUUGCACCAAAUGACCCACGAAGUAUCCAAGUAUGCUCUGUAUUUCGUGUAUCUUGGAUUGGUAGUGUGUUUUUCAUCCUAUGCAGAGAUUGCAUGCUGGAUGUACACUGGGGAAAGGCAAGUAAGUGCACUGAGGAAGAAGUAUUUGGAGGCAGUGUUGAAACAGGAUGUUGGGUUCUUUGAUACUGAUGCAAGAACUGGGGAUAUUGUUUUUAGUGUCUCAACCGACACCCUUCUUGUCCAAGAUGCUAUCAGCGAGAAGGUUCUCUCUCUACUAGUAUAUAGAUAUAUAUACACACACAAACACGUGUAUAUAGCUUUCUCUCGACUAUAUGUGUAUUUAUACCCGGUGGCCUGCACGCCAUUAUUGCGGGACCCGUGUACAGUGGAGGCUGCUGCUUCUGCUGCAAAUGCUCAUAGCUUUAUUACCUUGCUUCCUAAUGGAUACAACACCCAGGUUGGAGAGCGUGGCAUCCAACUUUCUGGUGGUCAAAAACAGAGAAUAGCAAUUGCAAGAGCCAUGUUGAAGAACCCGAAAAUACUUCUGCUUGAUGAAGCGACUAGUGCCCUUGAUGCAGGUUCAGAAAGCAUUGUCCAAGAGGCACUAGAUCGCCUGAUGGUUGGCAGGACAACAGUGAUCAUUGCUCAUCGUCUCUCAACCAUAAGGAAUGUGGACUCUAUAGCAGUUAUACAGCAAGGGCAAGUUGUGGAAACCGGAAGCCACGAAGAACUGAUUGCCAAAGCUGGGGCCUAUGCGUCCUUAAUUAGAUUCCAGGAAAUGGUAGGAAACAGAGAUUUUUCGAAUCCUUCAACUCGCCGUACACGUUCAUCACGGCUAAGUCAUUCGUUGUCAACAAAAUCUCUGAGCCUUCGUUCUGGAAGUUUAAGAAACUUGAGUUAUUCUUACAGCACUGGUGCUGAUGGCCGUAUAGAGAUGGUAUCAAAUGCUGAAACUGAUAGGAAAAAUCCUGCCCCUGCUGGAUACUUCUCCCGGCUUCUAAAACUAAAUGCUCCUGAGUGGCCUUACUCCAUCUUGGGUGCAAUAGGAUCGGUUCUUUCUGGCUUCAUAGGUCCAACUUUUGCUAUUGUGAUGAGCAAUAUGAUUGAGGUGUUCUACUAUAGAAAUCCAGCUAGCAUGGAAAGAAAGACCAAGGAAUAUGUUUUUAUUUACAUCGGAGCAGGUCUUUAUGCUGUCAUGGCAUAUUUGAUCCAACACUAUUUCUUUAGUAUCAUGGGAGAAAACCUCACUACACGUGUGAGGAGGAUGAUGCUUGCAGCAAUUUUGAGGAAUGAAGUUGGAUGGUUUGAUGAGGAGGAGAAUAAUUCAAGUCUCCUUGCAGCCCGCCUGGCAACCGAUGCUGCAGAUGUAAAAUCUGCAAUUGCGGAGAGAAUCUCUGUUAUAUUGCAGAAUAUGACUUCUCUUCUUACUUCGUUCAUAGUUGCCUUUAUAGUGGAAUGGAGGGUCUCAUUGCUCAUACUGGCUACUUUCCCUCUCCUAGUCCUAGCCAAUUUUGCUCAGCAACUCUCUCUCAAGGGGUUUGCUGGAGACACGGCCAAGGCACAUGCAAAAACUAGCAUGAUUGCGGGGGAAGGAGUAAGCAAUAUUCGGACUGUUGCGGCUUUCAAUGCACAAGAAAAAGUCCUUUCUCUGUUUUGCCACGAACUCCGUGUGCCACGACAACAAAGUCUUCGCCGCAGUCAGUCUUCGGGGUUUUUAUUUGGUCUUUCACAACUUGCACUUUAUGCGUCGGAAGCUCUAAUCCUAUGGUACGGUGCCCACCUUGUUAGCAAAGGCGUCUCUACCUUCUCGAAGGUCAUUAAGGUAUUCGUAGUCUUGGUUAUCACAGCAAAUUCAGUUGCUGAAACUGUUAGCCUAGCUCCCGAGAUUAUAAGGGGUGGUGAAGCUGUUGGCUCUGUAUUUUCCAUUCUUGAUCGCUCUACUGGGAUAGAUCCUGAUGAUUCUGAAGCUGAGCCAGUUGAAUCAAUUCGUGGUGAGAUUGAGCUCCGUCACGUUGACUUUGCGUAUCCUUCACGUCCAGAUGUGAUUGUCUUCAAGGACCUCAGCCUUAGAAUCCGUGUUGGCCAAAGCCAAGCACUUGUUGGGGCGAGUGGAUCAGGAAAGAGUUCGGUAAUAGCACUAAUCGAGCGAUUUUACGAUCCAAUGGCUGGUAAGGUUAUGAUUGAUGGAAAAGAUAUUCGGAGGUUUAACUUAAAGUCGCUCCGACAGAAAAUUGGGUUAGUGCAGCAGGAGCCAGCACUUUUUGCGGCCAGCAUUUUAGACAACAUUGCCUACGGGAAAGAUGGUGCUACGGAAGCAGAAGUAAUCGAAGCAGCUCGAGCUGCAAAUGUGCACACAUUUGUUAGUGGAUUGCCCGAAGGCUAUAAAACUCCAGUAGGUGAAAGAGGAGUUCAACUCUCCGGGGGACAGAAACAACGGAUAGCGAUUGCACGAGCUGUUCUCAAGGACCCAUCAAUCCUUCUACUCGACGAAGCAACGAGUGCUCUUGAUGCUGAGUCAGAAUCCGUGCUACAAGAAGCACUUGAAAGGCUGAUGCGAGGCCGAACCACUGUUCUUGUGGCUCACCGGCUUUCCACGAUACGGAGGGUGGAUAGUAUCGGUGUUGUGCAGGAUGGACGUAUUGUCGAACAAGGCAGCCACUCCGACCUUAUCAGCCGCCAGGACGGAGCGUAUUUCAGGCUCUUGCAACUACAACACCAACACAUAUGAGAAAUAAAAAUUGGUGAAUGUAGUAGGGCUUGGUUUUGGGAGGUUUAUUAUGUUUGAAUCAGUUAAUCAUUAUUUUUGUUCCAUUUUGUAUGUUUAUAGUUGUAGAUAAGGGGAUUUGAAGAACAAGUGAACUCCUGUUCAUGGAGAAGCAUAUGGAAUUAAUAUUAUUAUCUGUGUAAUGCACGACUCUUUCUAUCUGCA